AUGGUGAAAGAUCUUAAAAAAAGAACCUGUCAAUUCUACAUUGUGCAAGAAAAAGUUAGUAUUGUUCGAUAUACUCUCUGUAAAGGCAAUAUUAAGGUCACUAUAAAGUUUAGUUUAGAUAAGUCUCAGGUUGGCUAUUGGGUAAUACAACUAAAAGAUAAGCUAACUGAAAUCGAAUACAGCAAGUCAUAUCAUCUUAAAGCAGAAAUUGAUCCUAAGAUUAUUCAGUGUGCAUUUCAUAAAUACUCUAUUUCUAAUACUAUAGACAGGUCAAAAGAUGAUGAAAUAUAUCAUGAUAAAAUAUUUUGCAGUAAAACUUAUAAAGUUAAUACUGAAAUUCACAAUAUUCUGAAUGAACAAGAUAAAAAUAUUAUUAAGAUUGAUUCUAGCAAAUAUGAUAAAGAUCAAGAAUAUUAUGUUGAAAAUCAAAAGCAUCAUAAUAUAGUAGUUAAAGAAAAUAAUGAUGUUCUUGUUUUUACAAGUGAAUAA